CAUUCGGAGGCUUAGAGGGGUUAGGGUUUCGUUUGCAAGAACGGAUCAUGUCGUCGUCGAGGAAGAUCACUCUGAAGAGCUCCGACGGCGAGGCUUUCGACGUCGAUGAAGCCGUAGCAUUGGAAUCGCAGACGAUCAAGCACAUGAUCGAGGACGACUGCGCGGACAACGGCAUUCCGUUGCCGAACGUCACCAGCAAGAUCUUGUCGAAGGUGAUCGAAUACUGCAAAAAGCACGUGGAAGCGCCGAAGCCCGAGGAGCGUAGUGGCGUCGAUGAGGAACUCAAGGCUUGGGAUGCUGAUUUUGUUAAAGUUGAUCAGGCCACCCUAUUUGAUCUCAUUCUGGCGGCAAACUAUCUGAAUAUCAAGAGUCUCCUGGAUCUUACUUGUCAGACUGUGGCUGACAUGAUAAAGGGCAAGACUCCAGAGGAGAUUCGCAAAACUUUCAAUAUCAAAAAUGAUUUUACACCGGAGGAAGAGGAGGAGGUGCGGCGGGAGAACCAGUGGGCCUUUGAGUGAAGGGUCAAAAUAAACAAUGUGUUUCUGUGGUAAUUUAGUUCUGUGGUGGGGAACUAGGGAUGGUCGUGUCCUCCUGUAGUUGAUCCUCUAAACUUUAUAGUUUAUGUUCUGCUUGUAGUGUCUAGGAGUUAUGUUUCUUUGUGAACGAUUACUUGAACUGUAACGUUUCCAUGAAUCUCUUAUGUUCAUAGCCUAAAUGUGGUUUCUUUUUCAUGUAAUAUGUGUAUUGUCUUCUUGGAAUGGCUGCGCAAUGCUCAAUACGUUCUUCAAAAGUUAUCUA